GUACUUACCGAUUUGACUGUCAUGCCUGGUCAUGAGCUCCGAAUAGACGCUGGUGUUCGCCUGGAGUUUGCCCCCCAUGUUGGGAUUCUGGUUUUGGGACGCCUGAUUGCUCGCGGAUUUCGAGAACAACCAAUCCAGUUCGCGGCAAUCCCCGUGGACCCAAUGCCCGUAAGCGACAGCAACGGCAGAACCGGAAGUCACGUGUCAAAAGCCCAAAGGCCGAAUGUGGUUGGUCGUGCGCCGGAGAAACCUCACCAGGCUGGCCGAAUCGGACUGUCGACUGAACACCUGCGGCUGAUUGGUGGAGAUCGG